GGGUUAUUGCUUGACGGCUAUCACAUUUAAAUCCAUUGUAAGGGAGUAAUAUAUGGACAGUGGUUUAAAUUGGACCACAAUGAACUGAAAUAAUUAAAUAUUUAGAAUGAAUUAAAGGAAGUUGGAACAAGGUAAUUUCAUUUGAUAUCACUUUAUCUAUGUCUCUUAAAUUCUUAUCAACGGGAAGAGAUGAACAAACCAAAUAGUAAUUCCUUUAUAAAAAAACAGUAAGCUAAUUGAUGAGGAGAGAAAAUAUAUAGAGUACUGUGUGCCCUGAGAAACGAUUUGAUGUUUUCCAUGUGUGUGUCUUUAUUGGGUUGAGUGUCCUGUUCCUCUCUCUUGGUUAUGUAUUUACAUGCUGUGAUGAUGAACAACAUUGUUUGUGAACCUGGAGAGAGAAUACCAAAUGCUACCACAGAACAUCCAGGGAGCUUAGUGACAGUAGCAGCGAUUCCCAGCAUUGUUCUGUAGACAAUACAACUGGAGUCAGUCUGAGAGAUACAUGUGUCUUUGUUGUGAAUUCCAUCUACAUUUCGUCUGUGACAGGUCUAUGAUCUCCGACACUAUCCAAAUAUUGUGGAAUUUUUAAGUGCUAAAUCUAGAAGGGGAAUUGCUCUGUACCUCAUGGGUGCCGGGAAGUGAUAAAUUCAUACAUUUUGGAGGAGAUUCUGUCAUCAGAGACAGUAUGUUCUUCUUAAUGAAGCUGAUAAUUAAGAUGUAAUUAGCAUCAGCAGUCACCUGUUUCAUAUACACUUUGAAAGCAAGGGUUGGGAAGCAGAAUACCAUCCUAUGCCAUACAGAUGAAGAGGAUUAUUUAGUGGCAUUGCUGAUUAAAUUAAUACAGCUACAAGGAACUACUAGACAAGUUUUAUGAGUGAAAGUUAUGAAUCUAUGAUUACAUGAUAUAAAUUUUCUGUUUAGAUCUGUAGAUUAAAAUCUGACAUAUGAAUUCAUUCUUGGAGCCACCAUAUUGACUUGGACAGCACAUAAAAAAGUUUUUUAUCUGUUCAGUAGAUAUUUCUAUUAAAUUUGUUGAUAAACUUCUCAGAUCUGGAACAUAUAUAGAUUUGUGAUUUUUCACCAGAGUGGGUCUGCGUCUGACAUCACAUAGCUUUUUCGUAUGGCUGUUUUGAAUGUUUUCGAUCUUGCUGCCGUUUGAUUGCUCCUCGUACCUGUGUUGGAGGGAAGGGUUGUCCGUACAGGGGUGAUAAGUUGGAUUCUGUAUCCUCUGUUUCUUGCAUUAUUAACCCUUUUGAUGAAUCUGCCUCCAGAUUGAACUGAAAAUCUGUGUGAUGAUGGAGGAGAUUACAGGCCUCUGUUGAUGGUGAAAUUUAUAACACCAACAGUUAUUCUUGAUUUUGAUGUAGUACAAGUUUUACCUAGAGGAGAUUCAGGAGAACUGGAAAAACAGAUUUGGUGCUCAAAGAUUUCAAAACAGAUUUUUUAAAAAAGAACUGGAUUAUAUUAAAGAGAGGAUAUCAUAGAUCGGUAUUACUGGAAGCCUACUGUUCAGAAGGUGUUAUAUGGUUAUCUUGUAAGAAUUUGAAUUAUACUUUGUAAGAUAGCAUCGAUUAUCAUGCCCUUUAUCUUUUGGGAAGAGAAAUAUGGAUGAUGGUGUUGCACAGCUUGGGAGUUUGGUGUUUACAUUACUACCUGACUACAGGCGCCUUGAAAUAGAGAAGAAUAUCAUGCCCACCUUUGUAGACUCAUUAUGUAAGAAGCAGACGGCAGCAGAAACCAAUUCAAUCUGUUAUUUCUGCUGAAGGAUACUAAUAUAUUUUUGUGGAGGAUUAUUAUCUGAGGAAUUUAGUGUGUGUGUGUAUUUUUCUUUCCUCAAAACAUUUCCAAUGAAAAUUAUGUCGUGGAUGUCCUCGUUUGUUUCUGGUUCAGAUAGCACCAGGAAUCGACCCCCUACUCCAGAUUUUCCCGUAGUGUUACCAGUAAACGUAUCUGGACCGAACAAUUUGUACACACCACAAAAUAGCAGGCAGCAUGUCUCGGCACCGAGCACACCGACAGAGAGCAAUUCCCUGACCAGACAGAACUCUCUUCCACCUACCCACGGACUGGGACCCCACGUCAUCACUGUCAACAGACAAAACACAAUUCCACGAACAGGCCAGAGACCGGUGAUUCAGAAUGGGAUUAUCAGAGUCCGUGGAAGAUCAUCCACCCCGGAUAGGAUGUCCCCUGGAAUUCCCCCCACACCAGUCACCCCACCGCCAGGAUAUUCCACCUCACACACAAUGCAGACUGUGCCACCCUCUCCACGGGCAGUGAGGAGGGGCAUCAAAGUUCUCCCUGGCAGCCCAGGGGUGGGCAGACGGCCUCCGACACCCGAUGAGUCUGUCAUACAGGACCUGUCAUGGCUCGAGCAUCAUUCUGUGUGGACAGACAGGCAAGGUUUCAAAAAGGAACAGCCCAUCUUCACAACGAAAGCACAUGUAUUCCAGAUUGACCCGGACACCAAGAAAAACUGGAUUCCGGCCAGUAAGAGUUCCGUCAGCGUGUCUUACUACUAUGACACAACACGGAACACUUAUCGCAUCAUCAGCGUAGACGGAUCCAAGGCCAUUGUCAACAGUACCAUUACUCCUGGGAUGACCUUUACCAAAACAUCUCAGAAGUUUGGCCAGUGGUCAGACCCGCGGGCGAACACUGUAUAUGGUCUAGGCUUUCCCUCGGAACAAGAGCUGCAGAAGUUCAUAGAAAAAUUCAAAGAGGUGAAGGAAAUGACUCGCCAGGUGAUCAACCAGCCACCGCCAACACCCCCGACAACCAAUCAGAACUCUACCUCACAGGUGAACGGGAAUGAGGAGUCACACCCCUCCUCCUCCAAGCACGCAAAUUCCUCUCAACCAAGACAAUUCUUGCAUCACAGAAGCUCUAGUUUGUCUGCCAUGCAGGGCACGGACACACCCAAACAGGAUGUGAAUUUGCGAGAGAGACGUAACUCCUUUAACACACCAGGUUCUCCAAAUAAUAGCUCCAACAAUGCUUCCGAAAGUCAACUCAAAUAUGAAAAUGAUCGACUUAAACUAGCCUUAGCACAAAGUUCUACCAAUGCCAAGAAAUGGGAGGUGGAGUUACAGACCCUUAAAAACAACAAUGCUCGAUUGACGGCGGCCCUACAGGAGAGCACUACCAAUGUGGAGGAGUGGAAGAAACAGCUCGCUGCUUACAAGGAGGAAAGUGCCAAAAUGAAGAAAAAGAUAGUGGAACUGGAAAAGAGACAAAGUGGAUCUGAGCAGGUGGCAGCUCUUCAGACUGAGUUACAACAACUGACAGAGAGGCUGGAGCGAGUACAACUCGACAACCAGGACAAACAAGAUGAAAUUAACCAACUCGGUCUUCGACUCAACGAACUCUCAGCAAGAGAAACUCAAAGUUCAACUUUACAAAAUCGAUGCAAGAAACUAGAUGAGGAAAAUGAACAUUUAAAGUUAAAAAUGGAGGACCUGCAGAGACAGUUGACAGAAAGAAAUAUGUCACAUGACCAGGAAAGUUCCGAGCUGCUUCGUCUGGAAGAUCAACUCGGCAGUAAAGUUACAGAACUGUAUGAAAUCCAUGAGCAAAUUAUUUCAUUAAUACGGAAGGAAUCUCACAGCUGAUAGCUGAUUGUCUCCAUUAACCACAAUCCAUGGUGUGACCAUACAGAUUUACUGUUAUACAGGAGUGUCGGCUCUUCCACUUCAAUUUCGAUGACCAAAGGGAGCUUCUGUAAAGGGAGUGUAUUUUUUUUUUUAAUGUGGGAAUGAAUUGAAGGUCUGAUGUAUUGUGUGGGUGUUUAGUUUCGGGUCUUCUUUAAUAUGAGAAGAUAAUUUUGUUGUCAACUGAUGGGAAACAGUUAUAAAGUAUUUUGUGUACUUUCUACAUUAUGAUUGUAAACAAUCAAUUUUGUGCUGUGUAAUUAAUAUGCAUGUACAUGUGAUAUUGAGAAUGCACAGAAUUUAAAGCACAAAUUAUACAAAAGUUUGGUACAUUGCAUACCAUAUAUCUAAACAUAAAGACAAUUUCAUUGUUUUAAUAAAGAUCUGUGUGAAAUUUUCAAAGAGAUGUACACAUUAUCUUCUCAUACAAACAAUUUCAUUGUUUGAAUACUAGAUAUGUAUCAAUUUUCUUCAAAGUGAUAUAUAUAUAUAGGUUUACAUUUUAUGUAAUCCAACCAUGCAAACAAUCUCAUUAUUUAAGAUCAUUUUAAAAUGUUCAUAAUGAAAGAGUGAAAGAAUUUUAAAAACCUUGUUUUCAAAUUGUUUGCCAUCUUCCUGGCUAGGAUGUUUGUCACUGUAAGCAUGGUGUUUUUGGCUAGGAUGGCUGUUACUGUAAGCAUGGUGUUUUUGGCUAGGAUGGUUGUCACUGUAAGCGUGGUGUUUCUAGCUUUUGGAGUCAGUGCUAUGCUGGUGUUGUAUUCCUUAUUGCCGCAUUAUUAAGGGCAGCAGUGUUAGUGACUUCGUCUUUUAUUUCUGUCAUGCCUGAAUUUUAUCAAGUGUUGUGAGACUUAGCAGCUUUUCAAAGGAGGUGCCCAGAUUGCCUUGGGUGCUUGCUUAUACAUCAACGUCCAUUUUAUAAAUAUACGAUAUUAUACCACAAGGAUCUGGCUAUUGUGUUCUUGUAUUAUGGAUCCGUCUGAUGCACAUAUCCAGUCUGUAUUGUAUGCUAUGUUUUAUUCUAUACGGAGACUAUGCCAUUUAAAUUUUAUUGGUUACAGAGAUUUUAAAAAUAUUUUUUAAAUCAUGUAAUUAGAUGUAGUGCACACCAUUUCCCUUAGACUUAAGGAACUGAUUUUACUCCCAUUUUAUAUACCAUCACAUGUACGAGUUUAAACCACUAUGCAAGUCACGCUCUCUAUACAUGUAUACAUAUUCCUAUGUUGUAUAGGUACCUUUUAUCCGGUAUCCAUAUCUAUUUACUGUAGGACUUCUGUAUAUCAAUAAUUGUAGAACUACUAGUAUGUUUUCACGUUUGUUAUCCGUCCAAUGAACAACCAUGGCUUGCUUAUUUCGGUGAGGGGAUUAUAACUGUAAUCUGUACAUCUAGUCCAGGUAUGCAUGUCUGAAGCUGUGGUACUUGAUCAUUUACCAUCAAAGGUCUCUUUCAUGAAAACAAAAUAUACAGGUUGGAAAAUUGGAUAUGUAUAUGCUUUCUUUGUACACAAAGUGUAUUUGUAUGUGCAGCAUUAUAUAACAUUUCUUGAAGUCUUUUAAUGAAGUGAUAGUAAAGUUUUUAAAAUUAAUAUCACCAAUUUGUGAAUGCAUAUACGAGCACAUGCUUCCUAUAUGUUUGAUAGUAAAGCUGUAUAUGCAACUGUAAAUAAUCUUAAAUUUUUCUGUAGUUUAUUAUAGGUUAUAUAUUAUAUAUUUGUGGAAACCAAAGAUCACGCAUGUUUAAGAUUUACCUUUUGAUAUUAACAAGAACCUGUCUAAUUAAAUCGAUUAUUUUCACGUUCUAAUCUUAAAUCAAAGGAGUGGUUGGUAUACUCAGGGAAAAUAAAGUAUGUUGAAAUAGAUGGAUUUAAAAACUUCACCACAGUAUUACACAAUACAUAUUGUAUGAAGCAUAAACUAGGUCAUGUCAAGUACAUUAAGCGAGACUUGCCUUCAGAAAUAGUUGGAGGUUUACGAUUCAAAAACUUUACAGCCAUUUUACCUAAUGUCAGCUUUUUCAAGGUUAUAUAAUUAUGUAGUUGCCUUGUUAAUUAACCUGUUGUCAUUAUUAUCAAGUUGUUUUAAUUUGCCAUCAUAACUAAUAUAUGCAAUAUUUAUACAUUAUAUGAAAUAUAUACUCAUUCAUGAAAAUGAAUAAAACGAAGUACAAUCUA